CAGUUGCAGGAAAAAAAAAACUUUUUUUCAACAUAAAGAAUUCAAUAAAGGAAGGAACUUUACUCAAAAUUGAUAGUAGCAGAGUAGAUCUAGAGCUCAGCUGUCGGUAGGCAGUUACUUGUACCACUUCUUUUUACAGUGAGCUCUCAUCAGAGUUUUGGUUCCGCAUGCCUCAAACCCAUGGCCAUAGUCACUUCUUCACAAGUCCCAUUGCUGUUCUUUGCCAGGAUCUCUGGGCUUCUAGUUGCAGUGCUGGUCCUUUUUUGGGCUUUGUCCUUCAAGUCCAGCUUCCUUCCUCGUCACUCUUCCUCCCAAGAAGACCAGGGCCUCAUCUAUGCAGCUCUUCAUCCUUUGUUCAUGGUCAUUGGCUUUAUUCUCAUUAGCGGAGAAGCGAUUCUGGUUCAUAGGUGGUUGCCUGGUUCAAGGAGUUUGAAGAAAUCAGUGCAUUUGUGUCUUCAAGGCGUGGCCUUGGCUUCUGGGAUCUUCGGGAUUUGGACAAAGUUUCAAGGGAAAGAUGGCAUUGUGGCUAAUUUCUAUAGUCUGCAUUCUUGGAUGGGUUUGAUCUGCAUCCUCUUGUUUGGAGCUCAGUGGUUGAUGGGUUUCCUGAGCUUCUGGCAUCGAGGGGAAGUGCGCACAGUGAGGCUAAGGCUGUUGCCUUGGCACAUAUUCCUCGGACUCUACACUUAUGGUUUGGCCGUGGCCACAGCAGAAACAGGGCUUUUGGAGAAAUUGACGUUCUUGCAAACACAGAGGAAUGUGUCUAAACACAGUCCAGAGUCCAUGGUUGUAAAUAUUUUAGGUCUGGGGCUGGCAUUGGUCAGCGGCAUUGUAAUAUUGGCUGCAGUUUCACCCAAGUACCAAGCCCUUAAAACUAAACCCAUUUACUCAACGCAUACCAAAAAAUGCUUGUCUUCCCAAUAAAUUUUGUUUGUUGUUUUGGUUUUUUUACUGUUCUUGUGAUCUUUGUAAUAAUACAAUCUGGGUUAAUGUGA